GUUCAAGGCAAGCGAUUCCGCUGCGUGGCCAGCGGAGGUCUCUCUCUGUACUGAGAGGGAAGGCAUCGCUUUCUUCGGUGGGACUCGGCUGUUUCCAGGGCCUGGAGGUUGAGCUUCCUGGGUCAGGUGCUGGAGCGUGCACGCUGCGCUGUGAGCCCUGCAAAAGUCCUGCUGCCUCCCCAGCCAGGGGAGAGAGCCUUAAGUCCGGCUGGGUCCACUUAAUGUGGCACCGAACCUGUGCGACGACCUGGACCUUCGCAACGCAUCUUAGCACCUGAGCAGAAGAACAUCCCAGGUAAAGAGGGCAAGUGGGACGGGAGGCGAACUGACUGUGGAAAGGCUCUUCCUGAUCCCUCCGCCCUAUUAACAGCGAAUGCUCCCACUUACUUCCCAGAAUAGCUGCUCUCGCUUUGUGCGAUCCAGGUGGACUUCGGGUCGUGCAUCAUCCCUAAAGGAAAACAAGGAUGUGGCUAAGAAGGGAUUGGCCAAGAUCAGCUCGUUAGUAGUCUUAAUAAAGAGUAGAUCUCGAUCUACCGUAAGGUCUUAGGGUGAUUUGCAGUAGAUUGGCAAGGAGUUCUGACUCCCAUUUGUUUCGUAACAGCAGCAACCCAAGAACUCCCCUCUUGCCUAGACUGCACCGUGGAACUGGAGAAAGCCUGAGGUAUCUAGUAGUGCAAUUUUUUGCGGAAGGACAAAGAACUGCGUUCGGUUCACCUACUCGGAACAAAUUCUUGGACUCAGAACUGUACGAUCGUAUAGUGGGCAACACGGAAGAGGACUGUGCCAUGGAAGGUCACUUGCAGAGACCCUUCCUCUGAAAACCCAAUAGGAUGCUAACCACCAAUCCCGAGUGCAGCCUGUCCCACGAGAGUGACUGUGAAGCGAAAGCUGGAGAAGAGGAGAUGCCGCAGACCCGGCCAGCGAGAACUGUUCAAGGCAUCAGGAAACGUAAAGACUUUGUGGUGUAUCAGGGCACUCAGGCUGAAGAGAAACCAAAUAUCUGCAUCGAGUGUGGGAAGACCUUCAGCCAGAACUCCAGCCUCGUCAACCACCGACGGACGCACUCGGAUGAAAAGCCAUACAAAUGCCCUGACUGUGGGAAAAGCUUUGGUGUUAGCUCCAGUCUGAACAGACACCAGAGAAUCCACACAGGAGAGAAGCCCUAUAAAUGCAACGAGUGUGGCAAAAGGUUCAACGACAAAUCCAACCUCACCCAGCACCAGCGCAUUCACACGGGGGAGAAGCCCUACAAGUGCAUUGACUGUGGCAAGUGCUUCAGCCGCAGCUCACACAAAAAGCACCACCUGCGGCACCCGCUGGGGAAGAAACUGGGCAAAGGGGGGCAGGCGGAUGGGGCGUGUGCAGCAGCCAGUGCAAAGCCCAAGGCCAAACGGAAAGUGGAGGUGCUGAACACGUGCACUGAAUGCUGGCAGAGCUUCAGCCAGAAUGCAGACCUCAUCAAACACAUGCGCAUCCACACCGGGGAGAAGCCCUACCAGUGUAGCGUCUGUGAAAAGUGCUUCAGCGUCAGUUCCAACCUUUUCAGACAUCAGAGAAUCCACACAGGGGAGAAGCCUUAUGUGUGCUCUGAUUGUGGCAAGAGAUUCACUGACAAAUCCACCUUGGUUCAGCACCAGAGAAUCCACACUGGGGAGAAGCCCUACGCCUGCCGGUUUUGUGGCAAGAGCUUCAGCCACAGCUCCCACCACAAAAGACACGAGAAGAUCCACAAGGGAGAGUAUCCUUUAUUGUCUUAUGCUGCUCCACUAAGCUAGCAAAUGGCUGGAAAUGUAUUUUCAGAGGCCUACAACCCGCUUUGAAAGUUAACAGCAAAGCGUGACACUGGGCUGGGGAUCAUGGUGGUGAUCCCAUAUUGCUGCCAUGCUGUGAUUUUUGGAUCAAGGGUGUUUAUGAAGUGGACCAUUUCAUUUGAAAAAGGACAUGCUGGGCUAAUGAGCAAUAUCACUUGUUGAAUCUUUCCUUGGACUACAUGUAGCACUUGAGUCUCUAGGUGGGGGACAUGGCAUAGCUUAAUGCUUUUCGCAUUAACUAAACUCCUUGCAUUUAGAAAACUAGCGUGUUAGGCUGAGAGUGCCAGAACUUUUCUCCCUGAUGUUCUAGUUUUCUACAUACAUGGAGUUGUUGUUUAACUCCAAGUGUAGAAAUGUAUUAAGCAAUGUGAUUCCAUUUUCAGUCUGAAAUGGCGCAAUCCAAGAAGGUUCAAGCAGCAUGAUUUUGCUGCCUUGCUCUCUAUGCAGAGAUCUUGUCCUUUACCUGCAGAGGGUGUUCUGGUGGUUAAUUGCCACCCAUCCAAAAACCCUCUUACUUCCACGGUGCACUUCUCUGUUAAGCACCCUUUGCUGCUCUCUGCUAACCUCAAAAACUUCCUGCUGUUACACAUACACACACCCACACCUUCUUUUCAGAGCUACACAGAAACUGCCGCUCCGUCUUCCUGUCAAGCAUUUCCUCAAUAAGCUGAAGAGGUUUGAAUAAUGCUGGUAAUUUUGAAAUACGGAAACAGAUGCACAGGUGUUUUGUAAUUACUGUUCAAGGUGGAAGGGGUGCCCAGACUGGGCCCAUUGAUAGCCACCAGUUCGGGAUGCAUGUAUACUCUUUCUCCAGAUAGGGACUGAAACAGCACUCUGAAAUCAACCCAGAUGGGCACUGCUUGGAGAAGAUUGUUGGCUGUACUAGAACGCUGUGCUUUCCUUUUUGGUAAAACAUCCUUUAUAAAUAUUUGUCAUUUGUAAACAGUCAAAUCUGAAACUGACCCUUUGGACAUCCACCAAAUGUAGUGGUGUCAUCUGCAGAAUAGACCCGGUUCAGGAGGACAAAACAAUAACGUCUUUUCCACGUUAUGCACCCCAUGCAUCAUCUCAAGCACUUACCAUUUCUGUUAUUUUCCUCUUUUUUUUUUAAAAAAAAAGCAUAGCUGGACAGGUUUGGUCAGUGCUGAUGGACAUACUGCCAGUGUAUAAUAAGCCAGAGGAUCUUUGGCCUAUCUGCAAAUUUAAUUUGCAUGCAAUUUAUAUAAUCUGCAUAAAUAUAACAAGUGGAGGAUUGUGAGUUCAUAGUGUCAGACUGCACUGCACUUCUUCCCUUGUGCUGUUUAUGAAGCUGCUCCCUGGGAUACCCUGCAGUCAGCUGGUUAUUAGCUGAGCCUUUUACGUUGUCAUUGGGUACAUUGGUGAAAGAAAGGAGAUCCUUGAAAUGCAUAUUGCACAUAUUUCUGUAUUUUAGUCUGAUUGAAGCUAUAAGUAUUCCAACAAGGAGGAUUCUCUGUUUAGCCCUUGUGAGCAAAGCACAUCCAUUUCAUUUGCAGUUGUAGGUUGUGGUUCCACAUCUUCAAAGGACAAGCAGUCUGUAAGAAAUGUUGCCUAUCUUCUUUAAACUUGAAGAAUUUUUGUUGUGGUGGUAGUUGUUAAAUUAUUCUGUUGCACUUUCUCCAAAUCUACUUAGUUUUUGGCAUUAUUCCUCUUGGCAUGUUGGAUUCUUUGGUGGAGAUCUGAGUGCAAAAGACAUGCCGCAGUCCCGUGGCGUUAGUGGUGUAUGAGCACCACUAGGUGGCGCUGUGCAGGAAGGUUGAACUGCUUUGCACUGGAAAAUAGAGUCCAGAUGGUCACCUCCACUUGGAGUCACAGGACUUGGGUAACUUUAUGGUGUGUCUCUUUGCACAAAUUCCUCCAGCCCUGCUCGUGGGCAGGCUGCAAUUACGAACACACUCACUUCGUCCUUGCCACUUAGCCAGUACUUGUACUUUAUAUUAAGACAGGCACACCAAAGCACAGAAAACCCCAGCAGAAGUGGCAUAUUGUCUUAAAAAAAGCCCUCAUUAGAUCUUUUUUUUUGGGGGGGGCAUUAUCUUCAGAUACUUGCAUCCAUAUCGAUUGACCAAAGCAUCAACUAGGAUUAAGAAUCAUUUAGAAAAUUGCCUAAUUUGUUCUGAAGGCAGCUGGCCCAAAACUAAACACAAGGCCAUUUUCCCAGUACUUUUUUUUAGCUGUAUGCUUUAGAUCUAUUAUAACUCACCAGGUGAAACCCCAAGACCUGCCAAGACUAUGGAGUUUCGAGUUUCCAAGCCCCACUCAGUGUCCAGAAUCCACCCUCAGUGACAAGAGCCGGGAACUUGGGAUCAGCAGGGACACACUGAGAGACAAGAGCAGUGGGACACUUGUCAUUCCCGACAUCCUAUAGAUUCAGGCUGGCCGGGCCAGGAAUUGGAAGGCAGACUUCCCCAGGUUGUUAAGCCCAGUAGAACCUUUCUUCUUUCUGUCCCCCCACCCCACCCUACUGAAAGCAGUGGAAAGAGGGAAUAAGCCACAUUGAUCCACAUGGGGGAACCUUGAGGAAAAGGGAGAUUUUGGAUCCAGCAGAUUCAGAAAAACCUUGAUUCAUCCCCCAUUUGGGUCAUACCACUUGCAGCAGGUUUACUAGGCCAGACAGGGCUCCCUGGCCAUAGGAGGGUAUUGUCCACACUAUCCUAGCCCCCCAUAGACAGAGCAUCUGUGGGCUAGGAUUUCUCUGCCUGUGAUUUAAAAAAUAAAGGAAAUUGGAGUAGCUGUUGCAUUGCUUUGGUAUCUGAGGAUGUGGGUGGGGGUGGGAAUCCCUGAGGCUAUUUUUCUAUGAAUUAAAAUGCUUUAACAGUUUUAAAUCUCUAAAACCGACUUGCCAAUUUCUUUUGUUUUCCAGCCUGGCUCAAAUUUCUAAGAGAUGGAUCUAAGUAGCUUAACUUACAACCCUUUGCAUGUUACUUGGGGGGAAAGCCCAUGGAACCCAAGGAUACAUGCUCAGUACUGCACUUUCAGUCAGAUUUCAUCCCAAAUCAAGAUGGGCAUUUUAAAAUAAAUUAAUAAAUGUAUCGUGUUACUUGCAACAAGCCCUCACCAUCUUGUUUAUUACUUGUUGAGCCUCAUUCAACUUUUGUUCUGCAUGCCAGAAUCAGCGUCACACUUCGGUGCUGAGGUCUGGACUGCAACCAAUGACUCUUUCAGUGGCAUUAAGAUGUUUCCACAGCUAUUAUUUUAGCUUCUUUCCCAUGCAUCCUGUUUUCCUUGUCACACAGCACUGUACCAUAUCCAGAUAUUUUUUAGCAAGCUUUGAAUCAAGGAAAAGUCCCCCCACCCCUCCCUUCUUGGCUUAUUAAUGUAGCAACCCAGUAAAGCAUACAUGCAGUUCAAACUGUAGGUUUCCAAUAGGCUGUAUAGCACCGGGAAAUGCUAGUUAGUUGCUAUAACUUUUAUGAAACCAUGAGACCUUUUUUUUUUCUUUUACAGCACUCUCCCUCAUAGUUUCUAGGCACUACCCAGAUGAAUUAAAUCUUCAUUAUAAAAUAAAGAUUCACUACUAGUCA